UGUUUUUUUUUCACAAGGAAAUUAAAACACAUGAGCAUACUUCAAUAAUGACUCAGUAGUGCAACGGUGUUCAGUAAGUGCAAAUCAUGAGUUGUUUAAUAACAAUAGCGUUUUAUAUUCUCUUGGCCGGAAUUGUCCUAAAGAUAUACGCAAUACUCUCAAUUGGAUGGUGCAGAGCUAAAGUGUGUCUGGUCGGAAAAACAGCUUUGGUAACAGGUGGUAAUUCUGUAAAUAUUCACUUGGUCCUUUGAAGGAAUAUCCGGGAAUUUUUUCUUGGAUUGCAAAGUCUUUAAACUCCCGCCAAAAGCAGCCGACGAUGAUUUCUCAGAAGCCGUUUGGACUGAGAGCGAGAAGAUAUUAAAAUUGUCCCAAGAGGAGAAAAUACAAUAAUCAUAUGAAAUAUUUUUGUAGUGAUAUUAUUUGCAACUUUAUCAUAAGUAAUGUUAAUAAUUCUUGGUAACAUUUAACUGUAUGAUUCACUUUGUUGAAUAUUUUAUUUUUCAUUUUAAUUUAUAAACUUUUCUAAUUCAAUUUACACUCCACGUAAUAUAUUCCAUGAUACUUUGCUGUAAUCUAUUCUAGAGCAUCAAUAAAGUCAAUAAAGAUGACGACAUCUAAUGGGCUCUAAUAAUCUCAAAAGAUAAUACUGCUAUUGGUAAUUUGUUUGAUAGUUAUUAUUUAAGAAAGUUUCCUUGGCUUUGGUAAUUUUUCAGUUGUCAUCGCGUCAUUGUCUAAUGUUUUGGUUUUAUAUUGCGAUUCUUGAGUUUGGAGUAGCAGAUCAGGCCAUGAUGACUCGGUUCAAGGUUUUGUCAAUUUCGUCCGCGGUCAAGUUCGUGGUACGAGAUUGGCAUAGACUGAAUAGUGUCGCUGUGAACGGAGCUAGUGUGCAGGAAUUGUUCUAAAGAUCUACGCAAAACUGUCAAUGGGAUGGUGCAAAGCUAAAGUGUGUCUGGUCGGAAAAACAGCUUUGGUAACAGGCGGUAAUUCUGGUAUUGGAUACGAAACCGCCCUGCAUUUGGCGUCUAGAGGAUGCAGGGUGAUAAUAGCCGAUGUCGUUGAUUCUGAAUCCAGUAGAAAGCAAAUUGUUGAAGAAACUGGUAAUGACAAUAUCAUCUACAAAUGGAUAGACUUGGGCAGUUUGCAGUCAACUCGAAAAUUUGCCGAAGAUAUAAUCAAGACUGAACCCAGAUUGGAUAUCCUGAUCAACAACGCAGGUGUUGCUGGUUUUUCUGAAAUCUGCAGCGACGAUGGAAUAUUGAUGGAUAUGCAUAUUAACCAUUUCGGUUCAUUCCUUUUAACACACCUAUUAGUUGAUAUCUUAAAGAAAACACCAAAAAGUCGCAUUGUAUUUGUCAGCUCAAUUGGGGCAUUCCUGCACCAGGUAAAUACAGUAGAAGACAUCAAUAGACCAGCCAGGUUUUCUCAUAAAACCUUUAAAUCUUUAUUGCAAUAUAAUAACAGCAAGUUAUGUAAUAUAAUCUCAGCGAGGGGUUUCGCCAAAAGACUUUCGAAACACAGUAUCACAGUGAACGCCGCAUAUCCAGGCAUAGUUUGUACGCCUAUCUUUACUUCCUUUCGAAAUCGCAUUGGAGAAAGCACAUGGGUUUUCAAAAUGAUCAAAAUAUUCACUUGGUCCUUUGGGAAAAGUGCCGAGGAAGGCGCUCAGACAACGUUGCAUUGCGCCAUCGAUAAAUCCGUUGAAGGAAUAUCCGGGAAUUUUUUCUUGGAUUGCAAAGUCUUUAAACUCCCGCCAAAAGUAGCCGACGAUGAUUUCUCAGAAGCCGUUUGGACAGAGAGCGAGAAGAUAGUAAAAUUGUCCCAAGAGGAGAAAAUACAAUAAUCAUAUUAAAUAUUUUUGUAGUGAUAUUAUUUGCAACUUUAUCAUAAGUAAUGUUAAUGAUUCUUGGUAACAUUAAAUUGUAUGAUUCACUUUGUUGAA